AUGGAGGCGCGAACGCCGCCGACGGAGCGGUGGCCCUUGAGCUGGACCAUCCCCUCCUUGGCGGCCUCCUCGAUAAACUUCUUCUCCAGAUCGGACCUCUCCAGGGUGAAGGGGACGUUCAUCAGCGACCUCACGGACUCCUCCACGGGGCAGACGUAGAACCCCCCGCUGCCGUCGAUGGCGUCGUAGAGGAUCCCGGCCUUGUGGGCGUUCUUCUUCUCCACCUCCUUCAGCCCGCCCUGCUCCAGCAGGUCCUCGAACACCAGCCCGCAGACGUAGAUGGCCAGGCACGGCGGCGUGUUGUACAGCGACGCGGAGUCGGCGUGGAUCUUCAGAUCCAGCAUCACCGGCGUGAUCGGCUGCGCCUUGCCGAGGAGAUCGCUGCGGGCGAUGACGAUGGUGACGCCGGAAGGCCCCACGUUCUUCUGCGCGCCGGCGUAGAUCAGGCCGAAUCUGGAGACAUCCACCGGUUUGGAGCAGAAGUUGGAGGACAUGUCCGCCACCAAGACCUCACCGGCUCCGGCACCUGCGGGGAUCGGGUAGUCCUUGAAUUCCACACCGUGGAUGGUCUCGUUGGCGCAGAUGUGGAGGUAACGUGCGCCGGCGGUCUGCUGGAUCUGGUCGAAGGAGGGGAUCUUUGUGUACUUCUCCGGCUUGCCAGACCAGAUCAGAUUGGCCUUGCAGUACUUUUGAGCUUCCUUGUAGGCCUUGUCCCCCCAGGAGCCGGUGACGAUAAAGUCGGCGGAGUCCUCCGGGGAGCAGAGGUUGAGGGGGAUGGCGGCGAACUGAGUGGUGGCGCCGCCCUGGAGGAAGAGGACGGAGUAAUCGGAGGGGAUGCCGAGCAGCUCUCGGAGAUCCGAUUCCGCCUUCUUGAUCACCCCGUCGAACUCCUUCCCCCGGUGGCUCAUCUCCAUGAUGCUCAUCCCGCUCCCGCGGUAG